GUUUAUGCACAUGUGGGUGCAUAAAUAUAUGAGCCUUUAUGUAUAUUAUGUAUGUGUGGGUUUAGACAAACCCAGCCCUGCCAGCUGAGCCCAGGCCAACUUCUUGCACCUUCCCAGUUCCCAGCAGUUCCCAUUUCCAGCAGGGAAAUGCUGCCCAGUUGCUCAGAGUUGCUCAGAACAACUGGGCUGGUGAUUUGUGAGAUGGGGCACUAAAGCCUGGAGAGGCAGAGGGGGUUACCCAAGGACAGGGUACAUUGGUGGCAGAGGCACCAGUGUGACCAUCCUCGUGUCCCAUUCCCGACAGUCCAUGUUUAGUACCCCAAAAUUCCCAAUUUGUCCGCAUCAUUACACCUCCAGGCUUCCCUAAUUGGAGAUUUCCCUUAAAACAGCCCAGCCUUGGUCCCCACCAAGGAGUCCUGGGGCAGAGGGGGUAUAUCCUUGGCCACCUUGGGAUCAGCCAGGCAAUGUUUGGGGACAAGGGUGUGGUGGCUUUGGCCAAGGGAACACACAGAGGUGGAGCAUCCCCCCUUCAUCCUCGGAAAUCUGCUGAGCCGGAGCUUUCGCUUCCCUCCAGCCCAGCUUUGUCCAGCCCUGCCAGGGAGCCACAAACCACCACCCCCCACCCCCCCCCCAGUGAGCAGGACAAACCAAAGAGGAAGGUUUCCAAGGCAGGAAAGCCCCUUCCCUUAUCCUAUUUGAGGACAGCAGCUGCCAGGAUAUUUUCCCUCUGUAUCCAGCUAGCAGAAGCCCCUUCCUAUUAACACAGGGUGUUAAUUAGAGCUAAUUCCAUGGGAGAAGGGCUGGUAUGAGAUGGUAGGAGGGGGACAAAGUCAGGGGAAGCUCGAGGCUGCUGGGGAGCAGCAACAAGGAUUAUUUUUAAUCUCUUCCCCAUCUGGCCACAGAACAGUCCCACUUCUCUUUCCCAACCCUUGUUCCUCCCCCACAGACACCUUAAAUCCCUGGGAUAAGGGUGAUCCCAUCCUCCAGAGCACCCCAACACCACGGGCACCCCUUUUCCCCCCUAAAAGUCUCAUUUCCCACUGGAUUUUGCCAUCACUGUUGCCUCAGGGCACCAGGACCGCAAUCCUAUGGAUUUGGGAGGCACCAACCACCUCUCCCCAGGGGCUGGCAAGGAUAUCUCUGAGGGUUUCUCGAGGUGCCGCUGAGGGGCCGCACCAGCAGAGAGGACACUGACGGGGUGGCGCCGCCACCAUGGCCAACCUGACGGCCCUGGUGGGCGCCGGGAGGAACUCGUGCACCUUCCACGAGGAGUUCAAACAGGUGCUGCUGCCCCUGGUGUACUCGGUGGUGUUCGUGGUGGGGCUGCCCCUCAACGCCGUGGUCAUCGGGCAGAUCUGGGUGGCGCGGAAGGCGCUGAGCCGCUCCAUGAUCUACAUGCUCAACCUGGCCGUGGCAGACCUGCUCUACGUCUGCUCCCUGCCCCUCCUCAUCUACAACUACACCCAGAAGGACUAUUGGCCUUUCGGGGACUUCACCUGCAAGUUCGUCCGCUUCCAGUUCUACUCCAACCUCCACGGCAGCAUCUUCUUCCUCACCUGCAUCAGCGUCCAGCGCUACCUGGGCAUCUGCCACCCCCUGGCCUCGUGGCACAAGCGCAAGGGGAAGAAGCUGACGUGGCUGGUGUGUGCCGGGGUGUGGUUCAUCGUCGUCGCCCAGUGCCUGCCCACCUUCGUCUUCGCCUCCACGGGCACGCAGCGGAACCGCACGGUGUGCUACGACCUGAGCCCCCCCGACCGCUCGGCCGCCUACUUCCCCUACGGCAUCACCCUCACCGUCACCGGCUUCCUGCUGCCCUUCGCCGCCAUCCUGGGCUGCUACUGCAGCAUGGCCCGCAUCCUGUGCCAGAAGGACGAGCUCGUCGGCCUGGCCGUGCACAAGAGGAAGGACAAGGCCGUGCGCAUGGUCAUCAUCGUGGUCAUCGUCUUCUCCAUCAGCUUCCUGCCCUUCCACCUCACCAAGACCAUCUACCUGAUGGUCCGCUCCUCCGACGGCGUGCCCUGCCCGGCCCUGCAGGCCUUUGCCAUCGCCUACAAGUGCACCAGGCCCUUCGCCAGCAUGAACAGCGUCCUGGACCCCAUCCUCUUCUACUUCACCCAGCGCAAGUUCCGCGAGAGCACCCGCUACCUCCUGGACAAGGUGAGCUCCAAGUGGCGCCACGACCACUGCGUCACCUACGGCUCGUAGGGGAGGACAGGGCCACCUCAGUGGCACUAUUUUGACUUUCGGCUCCAUGGCUUCAGCUGGGGACGUGCUGGAGGACAGGAGGACGGCGUCUCCCAAGCUUCCAGCACUUUGAUCCCAUCUCCAGCCCGCAGCGGCGCAGUAUUAACCCACCACAGUGUACUCUCCCUGGCUUGGUUGCUCAGUUGGAGCAGCUCAGCACCACAUUUGGUGGCCAAGCCACCAAUGAAACAAAAAUCCACUGGAUAGCAUGGUGGGACCACACUGGACACAGACCCUGGCUCAGGAUGAGCUGCUGGGGGACAACUUCUCCCCCUACUCAAAGAGAAAUUCCCUGGUGGGGAGGUGAAAAGGAGACACCCUCUCCCAGGCUGGGGAGGGUUUAGCUCAACUCAUUACCUGUCUGGGAGACAUGGGCCUGUGUGUUUCUCCAGCUCAAGAUCAGUGUUGUGGAUGUUUCCUGGACAUCCCCAAGCCCCAGUUCCCGGAAUGGGGCCGCACCAGGAAGAGAUAGGGACCCACUGGUACCAUUGGUGCUGCCAAAUGGUGGCAGAACAUCCCUGGCCAGACUGGGAACUGGGAAAGGGUAACUGGGACACUCAGGCUGGGUUUUCCACCCAAACCAUGACCAUGGACUGGGUCAGACACAAGCCAGCAGCUUUGUCACCUGCCGGGGGACCUUCAGCAUCAUCUGAGUCCAGCUCCCUGCUUAGCCCAGCACCCCAAACCUGGCCCAUCCUGGUGUCUGUGGUGCCCUGCUGUCACCUCCUAACCAGGACCCACCAAAAUCAGAGCCAGCACACCUGGACACAAUGUCUGGAGUUGGGAACCCCAUGUCACCGAGCUCCUCAGUGUCCUCAGCCAUGUCACUGCACGUCCCACUGUUGGUGUGGCCUCUCCCCUGCUCCCACACUGGACUGGGGAUUGAGCUUUGCUCCCACAGCCUCUGGAUGCUGCUCCCUCCCAGCGAGGAGGGAUUGGUGAGGUGACACCCUGCUAAUCGCUCUGCCAGUCUCCUUUAACAUGUAGGAUGUAUAGAAGAAGGCUCCCCCUCUCCUCACUGCCUGCACACCCACUGUAUGUACAUACAGAGAAUAUAUGUGAGCAGGGCGAGGGCUGGGCCCAGCACAGGCUCCACCUGAGCACAGCAUAUGGAUCUAUAAGUGUAUGUGUGUAUAUAGAGUAUAAAUACAGAUAUAUAUAGAGAGAA